ACAAGGCACUUGCCUAGGGCGGCAUUUUUCAGGGGGGCAGCACCUCCCCCCAGAAGAAGGGAUGGAAGAAGGGACACGCACACCAUGGGAACCAGGUGGGAUCUGAGAGAGGCUGCGGGCUGCUUGAUGGUGUAUGUAGAGCCUGACUCUCGUUUCCCGGGGAUGUCCAGAGCUGUGAAGUUGAGUGUCUUUUUCUCUCUAUUGCUAGGGGGGUAGUGGAAAGCUCUCCCAUGUGGGGGGCAAGGGGUGUUGGUCGGCGGCGGCAGACGAAUUUUGUGUUGCCUAGGGC